CCUGCAGCAGAUGCCGGCUGCUCCUUCACAGGCUGCGCGCUUUCUCUCCACUCACAAUCACGGUGACAAUGAAAAAGAUGACAUCGCGCCAUAAAGCUUAAUCUCGCCAAUCUGACGACACUUCUGGAUAAACCUCUUUUAAUUCUGGAGCCAGAAGCAGGCUAUGACAUUUUCUUGGCAGCUAAAUUAAUUGGUGACAGGCUGUGCCUGCCAGCACACUUGCAAGAUUAUUUCUUUUUUAGUCGCUCUGUGAGCCUCACAACAUGUAUAAGUUAUGCUUUAUCAUCGUAGUGUGCUGUGCGUUUUUUCCAUGCGGCUCUGCAGCGCCAAAGACCCGGGGUGAAGACCCCGGGUCACAGUUCGAGAGCAAGGCAGAGCAAGAUGACAUGCUGCAAGAGGAGAUGGAUGGCCAGGAGAACAUCCUCUCUAAGCUGCUGGGUGAUUAUGACAAAGUGAAAGCCCUCUCGGAAGGCUCUGACUGUCGGUGUAAAUGUGUUGUCAGACCCCUGAGCAGGAGCGCCUGCCGGCGGAUAGAAGAAGGGAGCGCCGCAGCGCAGGACUUCUACACUGUGGAGACUAUCACAUCUGGACCACAGUGCAAGUGCGCCUGCAUCGCUCCUCCGUCAGCAGUCAACCCAUGCGAGGGAGAGUUCAGGCUGAAAAAACUUAGGGAAGCUGGAAAAGAGAAUGUCAAGCUUUCCACCAUCCUCGAGCUGCUGGAGGGUUCCUUCUAUGGCAUGGACCUACUGAAGCUCCACUCAGUUACCAACAAGCUCUUGCAUCGCAUGGAACACAUUGAAAAGGUCGUGUCUCUGAACAAUACCACGGAUGUGGUGAGGCCCCAGGAGAACCCUCCGACCCAGGCAGAUGUGACUGAAAGCCCACCCACCUCUCCUCCCCACAGGCAUCAGGACAAGAAGAGACUCGGUGAGGUCAACGGAGCUGCAGUAUAUCGAAACUCAGAGAAAAAGUAUGAGGAGAAGUUUAUUGGGAACAAUCCAUCCUUCCUAAAGACAGAUGGUUCUGCUCAGAUCAUUGAGAUCAAACCUCAGGUGACUCCCAGAAACGUGGCUAACAACGAGGCUUCUCAGGUGUCAAAGACUAGCCCCAAUGGAAUGAUCAUCAGAGGAAUGACUUUUUAUAAAUCUGAACCAGAUCCGAUGGUUGCAGAUGAUGGGGAUCCUGGAGAGAACUUUUUUGAGUAUCAUGGAUUCAGUGGUGAUGGCCCAAUUAACCUCUUCAUUGAAGAGAAUCUUCUGCAUCACAGAGCCCCUCGCCCCAGGAUGAGAGCAGGACCAAGACAAUUUCGACCAAGGACAACAGGUCCUUUGCACGAUACCAAGAAGACCAGCCAGUCAACAAAGCCGAAAGAAACUGAGCACACUUCAGAAACACAUAAUGAGUCCAUCAAUACAAUUAGAACCACAUCAGUAGAUAAACAGAGUGAGACAUCAGCCACAUCUGUCCCAACCACUACCACACAAAAAGCCAGGACCAUAGACACUAAUGCACCUCUGACUACUCAAAGAGUCACUGCUGGAAUCACUAAGUGGCCAAUCCCUUUAAUGGCUGAACCAGCUGACACUUCUUUAAGCACCACUGCCAAGGAAACAACCGAAGCUACAAGAAACGAAACCCAACCCUCUGAAAAUAAGACCACAAUGGAAAUCCCAUCAGCAUUCACAACAAGAAAUAUACCAGCCACCAUGAUGGAAACAUCUACAGUUAAGGUUAAAAAACAAAUGCAAACCAUACCCAGCAGUACUGCAGUUCAUUCAAGCACACUUGCUUCUACCACAGCCACAGAGCCGUCAACUACCAUACCAACUUCCACUAUGACCAUCACAACCUAUGCUGCACCAACCUCAACACCAAUACAACCCACAGCAGCUUCAACAACAGCUACCUCCACACAGGCUGCUACCACAACACCAGAGGAAGAAACUGAAUCCACCUUCUUUUUAAGCUCAACUUUGCCGCCUACUACACAGAAACUGACCACUUUGUCCCUCCACACUUCUGCGCCUUUCACCACACCUGUGACUACCUCUUCUUCAACCACCACCACCACCGGUACUACCACCACCACUAGUACUACCACCACCACCACUACCACCACCACCACCACCACUGCCAGGCAGGUAGAAGGUAAAAAACGGAAAUACAAAAUCAGCUGGGAUGAGGAAGAGGGAGCAGAGGAACCCCGGGAAUUAGACGAGCCAAUGCAAAGGCAGGAGGAAUCUACUAGAAGAAAGCCUGGGGAGUGUAAGGAUACUUUGGCAACAAUCUCAGAGCCAAUAACUCACAACACCUAUGGCAGGAAUGAAGGAGCAUGGAUGAAGGAUCCAAAGUCUGAGAAUGAUAAAAUUUAUGUUACAAACUUCUACUAUGGAAAUAAUCUUCUGGAGUUCCGCAACCUGGAGGUUUUUAAAGGAGGUCGUUUUACUAACUCAUACAAGCUUCCUUACAACUGGAUUGGUACAGGCCACGUGGUCUACGAUGGGGCUUUCUACUUCAGCCGCGCGUUCUCCCGAGACGUCAUUAAGUAUGACCUGCGUCAGCGUUACGUAGCCGCCUGGACCAUGCUGCACGAUGCUCUGAUUGAGGAGACGUCAUCACCUUGGGAGUGGCGCAGUCACUCAGACGUCAACUUUGCUGUGGACGAGAGUGGCCUGUGGAUCGUCUACCCGGCACUGGAUGAUGAGGGCUUCUUACAGGAAGUUGUUGUUCUGAGUCGACUGAAUCCAUCAGACCUGAGCAUGCAGAGGGAGACCACCUGGAGAACUGGCCUCAAGAGAAACCAAUAUGGAAACUGCUUCAUCAUAUGCGGCGUCCUGUACGCUGUUGACAGCUACAACCAAAGAGACGCUAACCUGGAAUAUGCCUUCGACACCCACACAAAUACUCAGAUGAUUCCCAGAAUGCCCUUCACCAACAACUACACCUACACCACGCAGAUUGACUACAAUCCCAAAGAGGGUGUUUUAUAUGCGUGGGACAAUGGACACCAAGUCACAUAUGACAUUAAGUUUGCUUAUGUAGACCCUUAGUAAGGGUUUAACAGUAGUUAUUUUAAAAAGCUAAUUCUAUAAUUUGAAUGGAUUGUAGAUCAGUCCAUAUGGCCUUUAGUUUGGGACAAAUGGGGGCCAGAUGUACAAAUGUACUUCAGUAUAUUGUGACUAAAUUGUUUUCUUAUCACGAUUUUUUUUUUUUUUUUACAUGAAAUAAAUGAAAUGAUGAGCUUGAUUCCUCAGUCAACACAUCAAGUUGUACUGUAUAUAUUGUUAUACUGUAAAAAAGCCCUUUGAGAUACAUAAAUGUAGAAAGUCAUAGUUUUUUGUCAAAUAACACUUUAACAAUUGACAUAAACAACCAGUUCAUAGAAGCAUGCUGUUUGGACAACUAUCCAAAUUAUGUGGACAAAUUCCAUUUUUCUGUUUCAUACACGAUAUUUUGUAUUAAAAUGUUCUUUGCAUCAUAUGCCACAGGUCCUCUUCACAUAAUAUCACAGGUAUUUCUGUUGUCUUGUGAAAGCACUUACUCCCUCCAUAUCAGACUAUUCUGAGGAGACUACAAUAAAGUUUCAGAAAUGCUUAAUGUCUUCUUUGUUUGGCUAAUCACAGUAGCUUUAAUUACAGUUUAUUUGACUAAUUCAACGUGAAGACUGUAAGGGUAGAAUACAACUAGGCAGAUGAAGAAGGAUAGAAAGAGAAACCAUAAAUACAGACAUACAGAGAGUAAAGCCUAUAAUUUACUCUUACUGGGCAUAAAUUGAGUUACUGUGGAAGAAAAUACCCAGUAACAUCUAUUAUACUUGUUGAAAAAAAAUGAAAUAAUGCAGUUAUAGGAUUUCCCAACAGCCUAAAUGAUGCACACAGAAGUAUAUAGUUACAGAAAAUCCAGUGUUUAUUAUUGUUUAUACACAUAAUAGAAUACAAAAAAACUAUAAAGGAAACCCCAGUUUUACUCUUGCUUUGUCACUUCAAUAAGUACCGUUGGGAAGCAGUGAAAACAUUGCUGUGAAUCAAAUAUAUUCUUGAAACCAAAAGGGGAAGAAAUUACACACACAGAUGUUUGUUUGGCUUAAAAAAACACAAGCAGAUGGCAUGUUUUUUCUGAACAUUUUUAUGGGCAUCUGUUGAGCGAAAACACAACCAUCUGCACAAUCACGUAGCUAAAAGAAAUGCACUUUCACACAGAAGGAUGUUGUUUUAACAACAUAUAUAAAAGUAUCCAUUUUGAUGAUGUAUAAUUUCUUAUUUAACAUUUUAUUCAUGAUUAUAGGUAGUCAAAAUAAGUUUACAGACAUUAAUAUAAAAAGCCAUCUACACCCAGGUUCUGCAUUCAUAGUGCAAAUCAGUACUAAAAAUGUAUCAAAUAGUACAACUCCGU